AUGCUGAAAAACUUCAAACUCUCAAAAAGAGAUAGUAAUGGGUCGAAGGGCAGAAUUACAUCCGCAGAUAUUUCCACACCUUCUCAUGAUAAUGGGAGUGUUAUAAAGCAUAUUAAGACAGUACCAGUGAGGUACCUUUCUUCAUCUUCCACCCCAGUGAAAAGCCAACGGGACUCUUCACCAAAAAACAGACAUAAUUCUAAAGAUAUUACUUCUCCAGAGAAAGUUAUAAAAGCCAAAUACAGUUAUCAGGCACAAACUUCAAAGGAACUAUCUUUCAUGGAAGGUGAAUUUUUUUAUGUAUCUGGAGAUGAGAAGGAUUGGUAUAAAGCUUCAAAUCCUUCUACUGGAAAAGAGGGUGUUGUCCCCAAAACCUAUUUUGAAGUGUUUGAUAGAACUAAACCUUCCUCUGUGAAUGGAUCCAAUAGUUCAAGUCGGAAGGUUACAAAUGAUUCAUUAAACAUGGGAUCGUUAUACGCCAUUGUUUUAUAUGACUUUAAGGCAGAAAAAGCUGAUGAGUUGACAACUUAUGUGGGAGAGAAUUUGUUUAUUUGCGCCCACCAUAACUGUGAAUGGUUCAUUGCUAAGCCAAUUGGUCGACUUGGAGGGCCCGGCCUUGUUCCUGUUGGGUUUGUUAGCAUCAUAGAUAUUGCCACGGGGUACGCAACAGGUAACGACGUAAUAGAAGACAUCAAGUCAGUUAACCUACCAACUGUUCAAGAAUGGAAAAGCAACAUUGCAAGAUACAAAGCUAGUAAUAUUAGCCUUGGUUCUGUGGAGCAGCAGCAGCAGCAAUCCAUUACAAAACCUCAGAACAAAAGCGCAAAGCUGGUUGACGGUGAAUUAUUAGUGAAAGCAUCCGUUGAAUCCUUUGGGUUAGAAGAUGAGAAGUAUUGGUUUUUGGUUUGCUGUGAAUUAUCUAACGGUAAGACGAGGCAACUGAAAAGAUACUAUCAAGAUUUCUACGAUCUGCAGGUUCAACUUUUGGAUGCGUUCCCAGCAGAGGCCGGUAAGUUGAGGGAUGCAGGUGGACAAUGGUCCAAACGUAUAAUGCCCUAUAUCCCUGGACCCGUUCCAUACGUUACCAAUAGCAUAACAAAAAAAAGAAAGGAGGACUUGAAUAUAUAUGUGGCAGACCUAGUGAAUCUUCCCGAUUAUAUAUCUCGCUCAGAAAUGGUGCAUUCCUUAUUCGUUGUUUUGAAUAAUGGUUUCGACAGAGAAUUUGAAAGAGACGAAAAUCAAAACAAUAUUAAAACAUUACAAGAAAACGAUACAGCAACCUUUGCAACAGCAUCUCAAACUUCUAAUUUUGCCUCAACUAACCAAGACAACACUUUAACUGGCGAAGACUUGAAGUUAAACAAGAAACUCUCAGAUUUAUCUUUAUCGGGCUCCAAGCAGGCUCCAGCCCAAUCAACUUCUGGAUUGAAAACUACUAAAAUUAAAUUUUAUUACAAAGACGAUAUUUUUGCUUUAAUGCUGAAGGGUGACACAACCUAUAAAGAACUUCGUAGUAAAAUCGCUCCAAGGAUUGAUACAGAUAAUUUUAAAUUACAAACCAAAUUAUUUGAUGGUAGCGGGGAGGAAAUUAAGACUGAUUCACAAGUCAGUAACAUAAUCCAAGCCAAACUGAAAAUUUCCGUUCACGAUAUUUGA